AAGGAAGGAACCAGCUUGGUAGAGAAAUUAACAAAGGCAGACCAAGAUCAUGCGUGAACAUUUUAUUUUUUUCUAAAACUUAAUAAGAGGCGAACACGCAUUCUGAUAUAAAUUUCAAGCAAUAUCACAGCACGCUCAGGCAGUGAUCCUCUGUUUCAAAUUUUCAUUUGCAUUCUCAAUUCUCAAUGGAUUCUCAAGCUCCGGCAACCGGCACCACCCCCCGGAGUGCGGCUGAACCCUCACAAUCUCAACCACCAAAGUCAUCUCCUCCUAUACUUCCAUCUUCCACAUCAUCAACUCCUCCAGUCUCCGCCCCAACACAGUCUUCCCCAAACCCUAACCCUAGCUCAAGCCCAAACCCAAGCCCAAUUCAAACCCCCAACCCCAAACCCCCCACUCCUACGCCUGCCCAACCUCGCCCCACGCAAUCCUUCAACCGCACUUUGCCGCCGUCGCAGCCUCAGUUCCCGCACUUCUCUUCCGCUCCUUCGCCUCCCUCCGCUCCUGGCGGCGCCGCUGCGCCGAGGGGUGGUAUGGCAAUCGGCGUGCCCGCGCACCACCAGAGCCCCUCUCCUCCGUUUUCAUCGUCCUUCGGUCAGCACUUUGGUGGGCUGGGCCGAACUGGAGUCAGUGUGGCUGAACCUACCUCCAAUUCAAGCACCUCUCAAGUGAGAACGCCCGUGCAAGGAAUGGGGAUGUUAGGGCCUCAAAUGAGGCCUAGUGGAAUCGCUGCUCAUCAACAGAGGCCCGUGCAAUCGUCUCUUAGACCUCCUUCCUCUGCCCCGAAUACUCAACCUGGGGGUUCACAAAGCUUCCAAGGUCAUGGAAUUAUGAGACCUUCAUCUGUGGCAUCACCGGCUACUCCAUCUCAAGGUGCUUCACAAAGUGUACAGUCACUCAAUCAGCCAUGGUUGUCAUCUGGGCCACUAGGGAAGCCUCCUUUGCCAUCCACUGCUUAUAGGCAGCAAUUGAACCCAUCAUCAAUGCAGCAGAGGUCACAUAUUCCUCCACAGCAGCAAUCCACACCUACAUCUUCACAGCAGCAACAACAACAACAACAACCACCUUUGUCUAAUCAAUCACAAGAGCAUUUUGGGCAACAGGUUCAGCCAUCCAGGGCUUCUCAUCACGUACCUCACCAGCAACAGGUUACAAGACUACAGGGGCCAGGAAAUCAGAAACCUUCAUCUCUUGUGGUGGCGCAAACCAGUGUAGUUCAGCCAGUGAGUCAAAGUAGACUGACAAAUGCAGAUACCGAGGAACCCUGUAAUAGUAUUCUCAGCAAAAGAAGUAUCCAUGAGCUGGUCAAUCAGGUGGAUCCAUUGGAGAAGUUGGAUCAUGAAGUUGCAGAUAUUCUUGUGGAUAUCGCAGAAAAUUUUCUAGAGUCUAUAAUCAGGUCUGGUUGUUCAUUGGCCAAGCAUAGGAAAUCAACAACUUUGGAGGCGAAGGACAUACUUCUCCAUCUUGAGAAAAAUUGGAACAUGACACUUCCUGGAUUUGGCGGUGAUGAGAUUAAAAGCUACAGAAAACAGAUUACAAGUGAUAUUCACAAGGAGCGUCUAUCAGCUAUAAAGAAAUCAGUGGCAGCAACUGAGGCGGCACAUGCUAAGGGCGCUGGCCAGGCUUCUGGUAGUGCAAAGGGUAAUCAGGCAAAGACACCUAUGAAUAUCAUUGGCUCCCCAAACCUAAAAAGUUCAUAGGAUGCCCGCAUUGUUUAUGCUUUACACAGUAAUGGAGGAAGCACUUUGGUGAAGGAAGAUCAGGGUUCUUUUCAGGCUCUUCCUGAGCUUUCCAUGUGCACCUAGCUUAACCUGAGCAAUGCAGAAUAGCAGAUAAAGGGAGUCAAGAUUCAUAUAAAUCAUCUUACAUCUGAAGCUCGAAUCAUUGCAGAAUACCAGAUAAAGGGAGCAGAAUUGGCUUCAGCGACUACAAUUCUUUUGUACUGAUAACAGUAAGAAAGCCAUUGGUUGGGUCCGCUGGAAUGUUUUUUUUUUUAUUCCGAUGAA